UGUGCUGCGUUCUUUAGCCGUAAAAAACAUAAAACUGACGUUUACUAUUAUUGUUUUACGGUAAACGGAAGUCGCUUUGUUUACUUCCGUCAGUCAGAGGUCAGAAUAUCGAAAUUCGUUUUGUCUGUGUAGUAAAUUGUAUACGCCAGGAAUGGCUUUUUAAAUAACAAAGCACACAUUUAGUUGAAAAAUAUGUCGUCUGAUAAAUUAGUCGGUCCUGUUUUGCCUCCAUCGUUCAGACGAAAGAGUGAUGACGACUCCGACGAUGAUUUCGUUGGUCCCGCUUUACCCCCCGGCUAUAAACGGACCGAACCGUCAAGCUCGUCGGAUGAUAGCGAGCCAGAGGUAUCGUUCAAAAGAACCAAAACGAGUCACGACACCGGCGGAUCUGAUGGCGCGGGAGUAAAAGACGAAGACGAUGGUUUCUUUGGUCCAGCCCUACCACCUGGAUUCAAGAAAAAACAAAGUUCACCAGAAAGGCCUCCAGUCUUAGGUCCAGCUUUGCCUCCGGGGUUUCGCAGAGCAGCGUACGAGGACAACAGUGAUGAGGAGAAUGAUGAAGAUGGCUUCUCUGGUCCUGCACUUCCACCAGGAUACCAGGUGGAGCCUGCAACAAGUGAGGAUGAGGAGGACGUAAUCGGACCACUUCCGGCCAAAGGUCCUGUUCAAGAUUGUGUAGCUCUGGAUAUUGAGCGCAGGGCAAAAAAAAUGAAAGAGAAGCUAACUGGACAAGAUGCCCCCGAAGUACAGACAAGAGAAACAUGGAUGACUGAGCUCCCACCAGAGCUGCAACACAUUGGGCUCGGGGCUCGAACUUUCAAGAAAAGGUCAGGUCCGGAGAAAGGCGACCGCUCUAUUUGGACUGAUACUCCUGCUGACAGAGAGCGCAAGGCCAGGGAGUAUCAGGAAAAAAAGACGAAGGGGGAAGUCGAAAAAGAGAGUGUUCCCCAAGUGUCGGAGAAGGAACUGAAAAUAGCGGAGAAAGAGACCAAGCGUUCUGAGUCACUCAUGAGUUUGCAUGCCAAAAGCAUGAAGGAAAAGGCAAAGGAAAAAGCAGGACAGCCAGUAGAGCGGAGAGCAUUUGAUCGUGAUACAGACCUGCAGGUUAAUCGCUUCGAUGAGGCACAGAAGAAGCAGCUGCUCAAAAAAUCCCAAGAUCUGAACACACGAUUCUCCCACAGCAGAGACAAGAUGUUCCUGUGAAAUCUGAAGGAGACUUGCAGGAUCAUUUCAACUGUUGCGAUUUCUAUCAUGGAUUGAUUUGGAAAAAAACAAGGUGUGAUGUGGAUGAGUGGAUUUUGAAAUGUCACGCCUAACAGCGGACAUGUUUUUCUUGUCAAGUCUUAGCUGCUGAAUGUCUGUCAAAGAGAAAAAGCAUUUCAUUUAUGGCAUGAAAAUGUCAAUAUUACUUUGAAGCGUCCACUCUUGGGUGAUAGGCAUUGUUUCAGUUGCAUCUUUUCAUGGUAUUAUCCCAGUGAUGUUUGUCUUUUCUUAAUAAAACAACUUGAAUUCGCCAUUAUAUUGAUUUGUUUUGCUGCUCCUGUAACUGGUGCAAUUAAUGUCCAUCAGUGUGAACUUUGUCA